AUGGCAACGAACGGCCAUUUCGCCUCCAUUGGCAAUUCCGCCAGCGAUACUACAGCGUAUGAGCACGGGGUACAAGUAAUAGAUGAGAACAAGGAAUUCAACCCGAAUCUGUCGCAGUACCUGAGCCUUGAAAAUGUUACUCCCUCCGGCUUCAAUUACCACCUUAUCUCGGUCUUUGGAUCGCAGUCGACAGGUAAAUCUACGCUUCUCAAUCACCUUUUCGGCACGCAUUUCUCUGUCAUGUCGGAGAUGGAGAGACGGCAGACAACAAAGGGAAUCUGGCUGUCAAAAAAUAAAAACGAGAGCUCCUCUAUGGCCGGCAACAUCUUAGUUAUGGAUGUGGAGGGUACGGACGGCCGUGAGCGAGGUGAAGACCAGGACUUUGAGCGCAAGAGUGCCCUUUUCGCACUGGCGACCAGUGAGGUCCUUAUUGUGAAUAUCUGGGAACACCAGGUCGGAUUGUACCAGGGCGCGAAUAUGGGGCUUCUAAAGACUGUCUUCGAAGUCAACUUGCAGUUGUUUCUCAAGGAUCAAAAUACCACUCAUCGAUCGCUUUUGUUUUUCGUCAUUCGUGACUAUUCGGGAAUGACACCACUCCAGAAUUUGCAGAAGACCUUGAUGGAGGAUAUGGCUCGUCUCUGGGACUCAAUAUCUAAGCCUGCUGGCCUGGAGAACUCGAACGCACAUGAUUACUUCGACUUCCAGUUCUACGGCCUGCCGCACAAAGGAUACCAGCCAGAGAAGUUUGUGGAAGAGACACAGAAGCUUAGUCUUCGUUUCCGCGACGGCCAGAGGGACCCUAACCUAGAUGCGCGGAAAGGCGAAUUCUCAGAUGGCGGUGUUUUCCUCCCGGAGUAUCACCGACGUAUCCCUGCGGACGGCUUUUCACGAUAUGCCGAAGGCAUCUGGGACCAAAUCGUCAACAAUAAGGAUCUAGAUCUUCCCACACAACAAGAGUUGCUUGCGCAGUUUAGGUGUGACGAAAUUCUGAGGGAAGUGAUGGUUGUCUUCGAUGAGGCUAUCAUCCCCUUUGAAGAUAAACAGUCGCAAGCCGCUCGCCUUGGAGAACCGGAGAUUCUUGGAGGCCUAGGAGCGGCGAUGCGGUCAUCACGCACCAAGGCUGUCAAGGCUUUUGAGACUGAGGCUAGUCGGUACCAUAAAGGCGUCUACCAGCGCAAAAGGGCAGAGCUCGAAAGCAAAGCUGAUACCCGUUUGAAGGCCCUUUUCCAGGGUCAGCUCAAUGCCGCGCACAAAUCGGGAAUCAGUGAUUUUAGCGAAGCAGUCUCGGCCACUGUGAAGUCCGGCCAGAAGAAGGGCACCGGGUACGAUUUCGCAGAGAUUGUUAAUGAAGAGGCUAAGAAGGCUGUGGACAAGUUUGAGGAAGUCGCUCGUGCUACCGUGGUGGAUGGCACUUCUUGGAGUGACUAUAAGCAAGAGCUAGCCUUGUAUGAAAAGGAGCUUGCGGAAGUCAGUGCGCGCCUAAGAAGGGACGAGAUGAGACGUCUUGCCAGCCGUGUGGAACGAUGGGUUCAGUCUCGACUGGGCGAAUCUGUUGGCCUUGAGUUCAACGCUCUCGGCUCUGGACGAGCUGGUAGUGGUGCGCCGGAGAAGGGAGAUCAACCAACGGAAAAGAAAUUCUGGGAUCGCGUGUGGAACGUAUUUGUCGAGACAGUCCUCGAUGCCGAGAGGCGAUUCACAGACCGCGCUAGCAGUUUCGAUGCUAGCCUGGAGGAAGUGGACGUCGGACUCUGGAGACUGCGGAGGAAGUCCUGGGGCGUUCUACGCGCUAAGAUUGAUGAAGAGAUGAUCGAAGGCAAUCUGCUGUUGAAGUUGCGCGAGAACUUUGAGGAUAAAUUCCGCUACGAUGAUGCUGGUGUUCCUCGGAUCUGGCGCCCAACCGAUGAUAUCGAAGGGAUAUACACUCGCGCACGCGAAUCAACCUUGACUCUCAUUCCCCUCCUGUCCAAGUUCCGACUAGAUGAGACGUCUGCCCCGCCCCCUCUGGACCGUUGGAUCGGGCACACGCCUAGCUCCGCGACCCCGGCUGAUGAGGAAGACCUGCCUCCCAUUGGUGGGGUGGACGAGGAGGAAGGCAAGAGCUUAGAAGAAGAAAUGACUAUUGUCAGUGAUGCCAAGCGACAGGAGCUCACUGUUCGCUUCAAGAAGGCCGCGGAUGGAGUGUAUGUUGAGGCUAAACGGAGCGCCAUUGGAGGCAUGACCCAAGUGCCCUUGUAUUUCUAUGGCAUCCUCCUCGCUUUAGGAUGGAAUGAGAUUAUUGCCGUGCUCCGCAACCCAGCUUACUUCUUCCUCCUUUUCGUCUGUGCUGUCGGAGCUUACAUCACCUACCAGCUUAACCUAUGGGCCAUCAUCAAAAUGACCGAGGCUGCCUCGAACCAAGCAGUGACAGAGGGCAAAAAGCGGCUACGUGAAUUCCUCGAGUCGUCCGACACAGGGCGACAAGCUAUCGCGAUGUCAACUCCCGGAGGUUCUGGACGUGCGGGUGAAGAGCACGAAAUGUCUCGUCUUGAUAAGCAGGGUAAAUCUGCAGUUACCGAUCAAGAUGUGGAUGACCUGUAA